UGCACAUCACAGCAGAAUGCUCCCGGCUCCUGUGCCGUGAGCUGUUUGAGGCGCAAAAGUAGUUAGGUUAUAGUAUGGUUAGGAUGCUUCCUUUGUUGCCAUUGUGUUGCCAUGGUUACAGCACAACUACAGUCAUUUGCUUUAGAAGCUCUUACAUAUGGUUGUUGUAGUUGCUGUAGUUGUGCAGUGAUGACCACAGUAGCGCUGCUCUGAUUUAUGUGUGUGUGUGUGUGUGUGUGUGUGUGUGUGUGUGUGUGUGUGUGUGUGUGUGUGUGUGUGUGUGUGUGUGUGUGUGUGUGUGUGUGUGUGUGUGUGUGUGUGUGUGUGUGUGUGUGCGCGUUUGCUUCCUUUAGACAGACAUAUUGCACAUCUGUGGGCUCAAACUGCAUCAUCCAGAGGAGGAAAGUUCACGCCGAGGCGAAUGUAGAUCAACUGUGACAGAGCGAAAGGCGGCCGACAGCCAGCACACAGAGAGGGAUCUGCUCGAGCUGCUCUUCCCUGUUCCGUUGAGGUUUGCUCAGAGAGCAGCUUCACCCUGAGAACAGACGCUACUUUUCCGGUGCCAACCUCAAGCUCAGACUAAGUGAUGUGAGCAGCAGAUAAAGCACCGUAAAGCAUGCGACAGCACUCAGGGGAGGGGAGAGAGAACGAUGCGUGGAGCGGGUCGCAGAGGGAGUGACUGAGGCGGAAGGGAAGUGGACCAGUGAGACGGCGACUCAACCACCUGUCAGCCUCAGAGUCGCUGCUCAGAGACGGAGCAGCAGGUUGGAGGUUCCUGAUGGCGUCCGGCUCCCGCAGCGCGGCGGAGGCGCAGCCGCCAGCGCUGCCCGUCAAGAAGCACAGGAGUAACUCGCUGAGUCCCUGCAGCGUGGACGCUGACUGCCUCCUGCUCAGCCAGGUCGGACUCCAGCAUCAAACCUACACCCCAAACGAGGUCUUCUCUGAGCCCACCGACUGCCACGCGGACCGGUGCCCCAUCCACCAGCGCUACGAUCGUUUCCAGCACCUGGAGAGGUUUUUCUCCGAUGGCACCCCGCCGCCCGUCCCCAGGAAACAGCUGGCUCGCACCCUCUCGCUCCCCGGCACCGCCGCACCUCCACUCUCCCCCCUGCCUCCCCCGUCUCCCCUGCAAACCCACCCCCUGGACUUUGACAACCCGCUGUACAUGCUGGCGCCCACGGCCGACGUGGACGCGGCCCCGAGCAGCUCUCGGCCGCUGCCCUUCUCCCAGCUGUCCUUCGACACGCCGGAUGAACACCUGCCGUGCCUCUUCCGCGCUAUCGACGACCAGAGAGCGGUCUCGCAGGGGAUCCAGCACCGCCACCUGCUGUUUCUGAGGAGCACGGUGCAGAGCGCGGAGGCUGAGGUCUUGCUCCGAGGAGAGGCCUCGGAGAAGGAUGUCGGCUCAUACCGGCCUCAGGAUUUCCUGUUGUGUGAGGGGGGCGAGCCCAAGCAGAUGGGAGGCGGCGUUUACUACAGGCUGCAGAGCCCCAGGUUCCCAGGGAGGGUUCUGGGUUUGAAGGUACACAAACAGACGGAUGGACCUCCCUCAGCUCAUAACAAGCACCGAUCGUCACAUGUUAAUGUGCAAGACGUUAUUGCUGAUUUCCAACCCAGCAACAACCCGAGGAAAGAGUUUUUGAGCUGCACAUCCCUUAACCCACCACACAGAGGCAGCACUGAGCCCCCCAUCCACCUGACUGACACCAGUCUGCCCUCAGCUCAGGCCUUCCUGCUGCAGGGCCACUCGGUGAGCGUGGAGAGAGACCUUCCACACGUCACCCUGGAGGACUUUAUUAACGGCUGCAGCUCUCUGCAGAGCUCAGAGUGUCUGGGUUACGACAGGCAGGUGUGUGUUCUGUUGGUGCAGAUACUAGCAGGCUUACAACAUCUGUCCAACGUCAGCGCCGCUGCAGCUGAGCUCAGACCCCGGGACAUCCUCCUAGUGUGGCCCAGCGGGGAGCGGGACGAGGGACGGAGCAAGAUGCGACAACGUGCCAGCGUGAGUGACGCGAAGGAUGGGAUGGAGUGGGAAAAGACGGAGAGCAAAGGGCCGAUCCAGAUGUUAUGGAGGACGCACGGCUCCCCGCGAGUGGUGUUAACGCCUCAUUCUGGACCUCACUUCCUUCCCUCUGUCCAAUCACAAAUUGUGGCCUUGAUUCAGUUCUGCCUGCACAGACAGGGUGGAUCUCUGUCUAAGUCCGUGUACCGUAGGGGACUUGUUUACCUGCUGUCACUGUUCCAGGGCGAGAACCCUGGGCCCCAGCUGGCAGACAUGGUGGCUAUGCUUCAGGUGUUGCUCUGGGGCCCUCACGUAUCACUCUUCAACCUCAGAGGCUACACGACCACAACUGUGCACAACUGGCUGACAAUCAAACGAGCUCUGUUGGUGAUGAAGCUGGCAGAGAAAGGGCUGAUCCAGGAUCAGUCUGCUCUGGGUUGGGAGGACUUCAUGUGUCUACAGUACCUGUCAUUUACAGACCCUGAGACAAUCGUGAGUGUGACCAGUCAGCUAUGGCUCAAUGUGUAAACGGGACAUUUACAGUCACUACACGAAAAUGUCUAACAGAAACAGCUCCUCUGAUUCAAAUACUCCCUUCAUGUAAAUUAACGGCUACUGCACUUUCUACAGCUAAUGCUAAUUGUGAUCAGAAUAAUCAGCCAUUUAGAAAUUAACUUCGUGGAUUCAAAACAUUAUCACAAGACCUGACUGUAGUUUGUGCUCUUCACUGUUAAUCAAUUACAGAACUAAGUCAUUUUUCAGCAGUUUCCUGAUUAUUCAUUUAUUUUUUUUAUACAGACUGGCUAAUACAGAUUCCAGGGGCUCAUGCACUUUAGUAUUAAUACUUUUAACAUCAAUAUUCAGUUUUGAUGCUUUUACUUAGAUACUACCAAACAGCUUUUGUGCCCCAGUUUCUACAACAACCUUAGCUUUUUCAAGUUACUGUGUAGGACUCUGCAACACCCAAUGUCUCAGAUAAGCACUUUUAUUCAGUACAGUUACAACAUGCAGAUUUCUAUCAAGUGAAUUAAGGAAACAAAAUGAAUUUCAUGCACACAUUUAAAAAAAAAAAAAUCUAUAUAAACAGGAGAAUCAAAUGAUCAUUACUAUGAAAA